CGUCUACGACUCUAACAUCGCCAUCGGCUUCGGUGACGGCUCCCUUCUCUUCCUCCUCCUCAGCGAAGUCAUCCUCAUGGUCGUCAGCAAGUGCUUAUGUUGCGGCUGCGGGCUCAACCCUGGCGGCUUCGCACCUGCGCCCUCCUCUUUCUCUUCUCUUGGCUGACGUUACUGAUCUCGAGGGCGUGCCUGCUCGCCGGAUCGGUCCAGAAUGCGCACCACACCCGCCGCCGGAACAUUUUCUUUAACGGCAACCCCUCCUGCGAAACGCUGCGGAAGGGCGUCUUCGCCGUCGGCGCCGCCUUUGUUCUCUUCACCGCCAUCCUCUCCGAGUUCUACUAUGUCUCCUUUGCAAAGCGGCCAGUGACUCCGACUUGCCGCCCUACGGCGGGCGUGAAGUCAGCAUGAUCACCUACAACAUUAACGUGUUCAUAGGUUUGAACGCGUUAUGCUACAGUAUUCAAAGAAGGUGUCACGUCGACGUUAAUGUCUCUAUAGUAUUAAAAAAAGGCGCCACGUCGGCGUUAAUGCCUCAGGCAUUAACGCCAUUGCAGAUGCUCUUUUAAACGAUCACUUUCGUCGAUCGACCAUCUUCUCCGGUUGAUCUGCAAUGAAUGACCGCAAAGGAGAGGGAGAAAGCGCUGCCGCUGAGUUCAUCCCUGAUUCCCUCGCCGUCGCCGCCGUCGGAGAAAGCAAAGUUCCAUUGCUAACUGUAACAAGGUGAUGAAAAUAAUAAUAAUAAUAAUAAUAAAUGAAUUUAGAAAAUGUAGCAAAGUUCCAAAAUUCAAAAGUAGGAGCCCUCGUCAAGGAUGCUUUAUAUUAAAAAGUUAUUUAAAAUGUUUCAUUUUUUAGAAAAUGCUAAAAUUAGUGUAAGAAAAUAUAAAGAAAUUAUCUUAUUUUACUUUUUAUUAAAAUAUUUUUAAGAUUAAAAAUUAGAAUAGGUUGUCAUUUGAUAUUUUUUAAAAUCUGGGAUGCUUUUUUAUAAUUGUGGCAAAAGAAGGAUUUGGCUCUCUGUUUUCUUCUUUCCCCCCUCUGCUUGACCACGGUGGCUCGCCUCUCCGCAACCAGAGAAAACGAUAAAUAUAGUCACCGUCGCUUGCCUCGAUUCCAUCUCGUCGCCGAUCCUUCGUCGGAUCCUUCAUCCCUCGGCUUCUGAUUUAGGCGUCGGAGCCGGCGACUGGAUGCGGAAUCGGGGACUCUAGGGCUGGUUUUGGUCUCUGUUUUUUUUCCCUGUGGAAUUGGGUGAACAUGCGAUCGGUUUUUCCGAGAUCUGUCUCUGAGAAGGCGUUGAAGAAUGAGGGUGGUGAGGAGGGCGGCAGCACGCACCUCUACUUGAAUGUUUAUGAUUUGACGCCGGCGAACAACUACCUCUACUGGUUUGGGAUCGGUGUCUUCCAUUCUGGGAUCGAAGUUCAUGGGAUGGAGUAUGGUUUUGGAGCACAUGAGUAUCCAACUAGUGGAGUAUUUGAGGUGGAACCGAAAAACUGUCCUGGGUUUAUGUUCAGACGUUCUGUGUGGCUAGGCACUACAACUAUGUCUUGUGCGGAAGUCCGCAUGUUAAUUGAAGAUCUUGCUGGAAAAUAUCAUGGUGACACCUAUCAUUUGAUCAUCAAAAACUGCAAUCAUUUCACUGAUGAAGUAUGUAUGCGUCUGGCUGGGAAGCCUAUCCCUGGAUGGGUGAAUAGACUUGCCAGACUGGGAUCAUACUGCAAUUGUAUUCUCCCAGAAGACAUUGCAACUGUUGGACCUUCUCAAUCUGUUUAUCCUGAAUCACAUGGUUCUGUGUCCAGAGAUUCGACCGAUGAAGAAGAUUCAAAUCAUCACCUUCUCAGUAAACCAAGUGGCGAAAUUGUGAAUCCAAAUGAUAAGUCAUCCAAGAAUGCUAGAGAUGUGAAGUGAUUUUUCUUUUUUCGUUUUUCUUUUUCUUUUCAUUUUAUUUUGGUUCACCUAUUUGUAUUCCUCUCUGAUUAUGAUUUAACUACCAAUUUGCCCUGUAAAAUACGCUCCCAAGCAAUCGGUUAGGAUGCCAACUAUACUGUGUAAUUGGUAGCGUGUUGUCUUCUCAGUAUCAACAUGGAAUAUGGAAGUAAAAUGCAAGAUUUAUCCAUGUCAA